CUGGAACUCUUCAACAGCACACCAUUGACUUGAUCUACUUGAUUUCACUUGAGUUUUAGUGUUGGUUGUCGAAAAAGGUUGACUUUUUUCGUGUUUUUGACGCUCAAUCGCUAGUUUUUUUUUUUAGAUUUUGGAUUUUGAAGUAUUAUUUUGCUCUCCAGGUUUGAAGUUCUUACACUUAUUUGCUUAUUAGUCCAAAAAGAUCCGAGUCCACGAUGCCUGGUAACGAUUUACCCUUGUACCCAACACCACAGCAGGCCACUUAUACCCCGAGUCCGAGUCAUCAUGCUCACUCGUCUCGUAAAACGUCGAAAAGUUCUUCCAAUGGUCAAUACCGAAACAAUUACGGGCAUUUACAACCUCAGGGAUACCAGCAGUCCCAGCCAAGGUCCCACUACCAACAGGCUCCCGCCAGUGGAGGAAUGAAUGCUGCUCCAACUCCUCAGCAAUAUUAUUCUCAGCAAGGUUAUCAACAAUCCAUGCAAUCACCUCCUCAUCAAUACCAGUCACCUCAGUAUCAGGCGGCACCAGCUCCGGCCCCAGCUCCGGCCCCUCCACAGCAUUACUAUCAGCCCCAACCACUUCCACAGGCUCCGCAGGCUCCACAAGCAGCCCCAAUGCCUUCUCAAUAUUCUGCUCCUCCUCCUCAACACCAGCAAAGAUACCAGCCUAAUGUUUCUACGCCGGUCCAGGCUUCUGCUGCCGCUCCUCCUGUUCACCAGCAAGUCCCGCAGUAUGGCUCGCAAUCACACCCCCAUAAAAGACCUCCUCCGUCGACUUCAACAUCUUCAUCUCCUCACCAUAGGUCCAAGGAAAACUUGGACCCUGUUUCCACCCCUUCGUCCAAAAGCUCCAGUAAACAGAAAUUGGAGAAUGAAUUGAGAUCGGUUUUUGAAAAAGUCGAUAGUAAUAGAUCAGGAAGAAUUUCCGCCCGUGAACUAUCAAUGGCCUUAUUGAACUUUGAUCACACAAGAUUUCAAGAUUCUACCAUUCUAUUAAUGGUUAAACUAUUCAGUACUAGUGGCUCUCCAAGUACAAGUCUGAAGUCUCUAAACUUUGAUCAAUUUGUUUCGCUUUGGAAAUAUCUUUCUGCUUACAAAAAAUUAUUCAUUGCUGCUGAUACUAACAGAUCCGGUG